AUGGCACUUGUCGUCAUAGGCCUUACUACGUACUAUAUGGCUGGCCCUUUCACAGAACGAGGUAUUGUCAAGUUAGACGAACUCAUUGAAAGCAAAAGGACUGAAAUGGGUGAGAAGGACUCCCACAAGCCCACCAUGCAUCGCACGAUUAAAAAGCGGUUCAAUAUGAGCUUUCUCGGAGGCUUUGGACUCACCCUCCUCGCAUACGUCGCAGUUUGGCCCAGUAAUUGGAUCCUUUCGUUUUCGUAUACGAUAUGCGAGUACAAUGGUUUUGUGCUUGCCACAGACCACGUUUACUGGGCUAUCCUCACCUUCUCCUUGGCAAAAACCACCUCCACAUUAAUUCAGUAUUUAAAUCACCCCACACAACUGAUUUCCAAUGGAGUGCACGUAUGGACGAACUUCUGCUGGUUUUACGGCACCAGUUUGUUAGCAGCCGCAGCAGUUUUCUGGGCUCUCGCGCUGGAUGUCUUGAUGGUGUACUUAUACAAAGCUACCAUGCUUAUCCAACAUCACCAAAGCUUGAACAACAUGGUGGUUAACGGCGUACCCAAGCAGUUUAAUUUCCUCACAGGUUUCAUGGCCGAUUUCUUACUUGAAGGUGCUUUCACUCGUGGAGAUGCGGAGGGAAGCGCUCUCAACAGUCUUCUUCACGAGCAAUUACGCUUGUAUGAAAGGGUCAUCGACGAUUCUAUGUGGAUCAUCUUGCUUUGGGUCAUUGUAUUAUUUCCUUUCUGCAAAUGUGCUGUUGUUUAUUACACGUUACGCACCAAGUUGUCUUCAUAG